AUGACAGCACGCGGUCGUGGUGGCCGGACAACGCCCGACAUCCCAGGCGAUCCCUCGCUCAGCUCCCGACCUGUACCUCUUCGUAGAGCCUUUGCCAUUCAAGCCUUCGGCCCCGGAUCAGCAGCCGAUCUCCAAACUGAACGAUACACGUGGGAUAAAGCGGCCGCAGAGCGAAAGGCGAAUAUCGCUAUAGGCCACGACCCCAGUAGCGCUAUGUACACAGCUGGCGAUGAGGACAUGAUAAAGCUAUUGGCGGAGAUAGAUAAAUGGUCUACUGUCGACUGGGAUGAAGACAUUCGCGCACCAAGGCCUUACGACGGGACGUGGGGUUACUACGUGUUUCUGACGAGCUAUGACGAUGCGACACUUGAGAAACUGGAGCAGGCGAUGGGCAACUGGGUGCGAGUAGUCGAACGUCAUCUUGAAGCUAGUGAGGGAUCUGAAGACAGAAAAGAAGAGCUGCGCAAACGUUUCAAGCUGGAACUAGUCAAAGACGAGGAAGAACUGGCGGGUGCCAGCGACCAUCGCGUGCGCGAGAACUUUCGCGCGUUAAUGGGUGGCCUCGACUUACUAUUACCCGGUCACUCGUCGCGGCCUCAAUGCCGCUACAGUGUAUGUCUUGUGAUCGACGCGGUUGCGGUCAAUAUGUUGGCCGAGUUGCAAUUCCAAACGGAUGCACGCAAGCAAGACCGAACUCUGGAGGACCUGACCGUCAAGGCUAUCGAUGCGAACUGGGCCAGUGAGCAUGGGAGAUCGUCAUAUUGGGAAUCUGGAGAUAUGUAUCUCGGAGUUGGUCAAUUGUCAAUCAACUGCCUGCAAGAAAUGUAUCUGGUUAUCACCCGUGACGCUUGUAGCGCUGCAAUGUACGACCUUCAUCCACUUAAUGGAUACCCUGGCCAGUAG